AACAUCUUUUUGUAUGUCUAUUGAAUUCAAAAAACAAAAUAUUGAUAAACUUUUUUAUGUGAAAGUAUUUUUAUAGAAAUCAAUAUGAAUUCAAUUCGUGUAAUAAUUAUCACAUUUUGUAUAUUUUAUGUAAAGUGUGAUCAAAAUGAUGACCGGUUUAAGAGAGCCGUUAAUCGCACUUAUAUUGGAUUUGAAAAGGAGAAUAACACGGAAUGGAGGAAAACCUUUCACUUCAUUCAAGGCGCCGACACUCAGUUCGGAAUGAUUGAGACAUUCCUGCAGAACAAGACCGAUGGGGGUUGGGAUGAGGAGAUCCAGUUGACCGCACAGGCUAUCAACGAGUGGAACGCCAUGACUCCGAAGCCUAAGUUUGUGGUGAUUUGCGGCGAUUUGGUGGACGACUUCCCCGGUAAAGAGCCCCGACGUUCACGACAGAUCACAGACUUUAAGAAAGUGUUUGAAAAGCUGGACAAUGAUAUACCACUCGUGCUCUUG